AAUGCGGUGCUAUCACGCGAGAUGAUAGGCUACAUAUCCAGUCAUGUUUAGACGUCUCUUUGACGACCGGCUGUGUAGGAAAUACGUGACGGUGACAUUAGCCCUCACUGCUGGGGGAAGUAGAUUGCGGCCUUCUUAAGUACCUUGCCCAGGGCCGUAGCGGUUCAGUCGUUCGUCCCAAGUCGUCCGCCGUGUACUGUUGUCACCGACUGGCUACGAUGGUGGAGAGCUACGACUAUUCUCAGUUCGGAGCGAUACGGGAAUUUUCUCCGAUUCAAGCAGUGUCCGGAGCAAGCAGCGGGUUCGCACUUAAUCUCUAUCAGGACUUGUCGGCACAGCCAGGGAACAUCUUCUUCUCGCCUCUUAGCAUACAGAUAGCACUCGUGCUGGUGUAUCUCGGGGCGAAAGGAAAUACAGCAUUCCAGAUAGCGAGAGGACUACAUUUAAGAGAUAAUAAGCAAGUCAUUGGGACUGCUUUCAGUGAAGUAAUGCGACAACUGAAUGGGUACGAUGAAGUAUCGCUUCAGAUCGCUAAUGAAAUUUUCUUGAAACGCGGUUUUAAAAUAAAAAAGGAAUUCAAACAUGCGGCUACUGCUUUCAACUCGGGAGCCGAGGAACUGGACUUCAAUCGACCUGAAGAGUCAAGAGCGCAAAUUAAUGGAUGGAUAGAAGAGAAAACUCAAAGGAAGAUAAAAAAUUUAAUAAAGCCAGGUGUUCUGUCAUCUUUUACUCGGAUGGUCAUAGCAAAUGCAGUUUACUUCAAAGGAGAAUGGGUAAAACAGUUCGAGAAGACGAGUACUUCGCCGAUGCUUUUCCAUUCGGAACGAGCAACAAAUGUGGAGAUGAUGUUUGUAAAGGAAAGAUUCAAGUACACUUACCUGCCACAGCUGGAUUCCCAGGUUCUCCUCCUGCCUUACAGGGGUGAGCGAUUCUCUAUGAUGGUUCUGCUGCCGAAGAGAGUAAACGGUCUGUUUGCAGCUGAGAGGAGGAUAGGGGGCUUAGACCUCUUUGACGUUGCAGACCACACAUACUGGCAAACAGUGCACGUGUACCUACCGAAGUUCAAAAUGGAGCACGAAAGAGAACUUGAAGAAAUUUUACCAGGUCAUGGCAUGGUGGAUAUGUUCGACAUACGCAAGGCUAACUUCACUGGAAUCAGUGAGACACCACUUGUAGUUAGCAAAGUCAUACACAAGGCGUUCAUCGAAGUCAACGAGGAAGGAACGGAAGCAGCGGCGGCCACUGUUGCUGAAAUUGCUGUCCUCUCUACAGCUGUAUCACCGCCACCGCAGUCCAUUCUAUUCAGAGCUGAUCGGCCGUUUGCCUUCUUCAUACUAGACCUAGAGACGAGAAUGGUUCUCUUCGCUGGACGGCUCUCUUCCCCCGAUGUAUAACAAAUUAGAACGCUUAAAGAAAAAUUUUUAACGCUUUUAUCACAUAGUUAAUUACUCUUAUCGUUAUUGUUAGUAGUAUUAUUAGCCUUAGUAUUUAUUACUAUUAUUUAUUGUUGUUAUUGUUAGUGUUUCUGCUUUAAAAUACCGCUCGUUAAAAGUCAGAUAUCAGUUCAUGUAUUAUUUGUAAUACGGCUACAUCAAAGACUGAGCUACAUAGCAAAUAUGACUCAAUACUAAAGUAAACACAUGAGAGGCUUGUUCAGUCAACAGUAAUAUAUAGAAAAAUAGGAAAGAUGGCCCUAAAUACUUAUGUUACUAUUUAUUUGCUAAAUGAACCAUUCAUCUAAUAAUACUAGAGGGUUUAAUAGAUACAACUGCAUAAUGUAGUCUACCAGUCAUGAAACUGCAUUUUCCACGUUUUGUACAAGCUAUGGAUGAAAUGUAUACAUUUGAAAUCCUAAGCAUAGUGAAUAAAUAAAACUGUAAUUAUCUAUAACAAUUAUAACUAGGAAGCAGAAUUCAUCCACACGUGAACUAUACGUCAACUGUUUAGGUAUAAAAAUCCACUUUAUCGUAGACUCUUUUUUUUAAUGUCCUGUUUUUUGGUCGCUUAGUAAUAGGGUGCGUUAAGAUAGUCGAAAGUAUUUGUUUCGAACUGAGCAAUCGGUGUAAAUGAUUUUUAAUUCACGAAUAACAAACGAAAUGAUUGGGAGUGUAAGAUGGCGCGUUUUAUUCAGUACCACAAACAUCAUGUAUUUCGAAUAAAUAUAUUUUGAUGCAUACGUCAAUUUUCUGUCUGUGCAGUUACCUUAAUCUUGACGUUCUAUGGACGUUUAUGGGUCAUUCUUUGUCAAAUAAAUUAAUGAAUAUUAUCUUAAACGUUACCAUCUUAGGUUUAUUUGGAUGUAGUAUUUAUAAAUAGUAACACAAAACAGUUUUUUCACGUUUUUGUUAUUGAACGUUACUAAGUAAUGGGUACUUGUAACGUCUCCUGGCAAAAUACAUAUUAUAUGUGGUAAAAAAGGAGAAAAGAAUAAUUGAACGGGAUGAUUGUAAUUGCGUGGACAAUGAUAGUGUGAACUUUAUGUAAUAAAAAGAAACCAUUAUGUGUCGUUUUUUAUACCUAUACAGAAUUAUGUACCGAUUUUUUUUUUAUUGGAAGAUAAUAUCUGUGUCGGCGAGUACUGAAAGCGCCACAGACGAUACUUAUUAAAUAUCAAACAAAGAUGAGAAUAUGUCACAACGAGUAUAAAUAGUAGUGACAGCAUUAAUUUCUAUGUCGUCGUGAGUAGGAGGACCUUUGACGCAAUAUUGUAUGCUUGUGUAGCAUUCUUUUGUUAGGCUUGAGAGUACGACGACAUUAUGUACUGAUUUGUAAAGGUGUGUAAUAAUUUAAUCUGUCUAAAUGUUUUGAAUAGAGUUACUUAGUGAAAACUU